ACCCGGCUAUAAAUACGGCCCGUGCCCAGCGCCGACCGGCAGAACAGAGCAUCCAAUUCAAUCAUCUCCUACUGGAGUAACUUGCUAGCGAUGGUCUCCUCCUCCUCCUCUGUCGCCGUCGCGGCGGCCCUGCUGCUCUGCAUCCUCGCCGCGCACGGCCACGGCUGCUGCGCCAAGCGCAGCAGCAACAGCGGCGGUAAGAAGUCCCACUCCCACCACGCGCCCCCGCACGCCCACGGGGCGCCGCCUCCUUCUUCCCCGCCGGCCAUCGGUCCACCGUCCUACGGCUACGGAUCCCCUCCUCCCCCGGCUGCCAUCCCGCCUCCUCCUGCGGCCACCCCGUCCCCUCCCGCGGCCAAUUCCAGCUCCAACAGCACCAAUGUCGACGCCGGCGGCUGGCUCGACGCCAGGGCCACCUGGUACGGCGCGCCCAAGGGCGCCGGGCCCGACGACAACGGCGGCGCCUGCGGGUUCAAGAACGUCAACCUGCCGCCCUUCUCCGCCAUGACCUCCUGCGGCAACGAGCCGCUCUUCAAGGACGGCAAGGGAUGCGGCUCAUGCUACCUGAUACGGUGCGUGUCGGCGGGCCACCCGGCGUGCUCGGGCGUGCCUGAGACGGUGAUCAUCACGGACAUGAACUACUACCCGGUGUCCCGCUUCCACUUCGACCUCAGCGGCACCGCCUUCGGCGCCAUGGCCAAGGACGGCCGCAACGACGAGCUCCGCCACGCCGGCAUCAUCGACAUGCAGUUCAGGAGGGUGCCGUGCCAGUACCCAGGGCUGACGGUGACGUUCCACGUACAGCACGGGUCGAACCCGUACUACCUGGCGAUCCUGGUGGAGUACGAGAACGGAGACGGCGACGUGGACCAGGUGGACAUCAUGCAGUCGCGGCCGGACGUCGCCGGAGAAGGCGGGAUGGCGCCGACGGGGGAGUGGGUGCCGAUGACCGAGUCGUGGGGGUCCAUCUGGCGGAUGGACACGCGGCGCCCCAUGCAGGGCCCCUUCUCGCUGCGCAUCACCAACGAGUCCGGCAAGACGCUCGUCGCCGACCAGGUCAUCCCCGCCGACUGGGAGCCCAACGAGAUCUACAGCUCCAUCAUCCAGUUCGACUAGCCCAUCAAAUAUUGAUCCACAAUAUAUAUAUACAUUGAAAAAUAUAUAUAUAUGCGAUGCUGCAUCGUACGUGCAUCCGUGGCGUCGUGGGUGCGCACUACAUAUAUUAUAUAUAUAUGUAGCUAAUGGAUGGCCGCUCGAUCUGCGAGUCGGUUGAUUUUAAUUAGUAGUGCCUUAUGUAACAGGGUGAGACGUCGCCUGUGACGUCCGGUGCCUAGUGUCGUUGUCCAUCGUGUACCUCAGUCUGUGCUUAGCCUUAUAGUACAUGCAUGUAUCACUUAA